AUGAACACUGCUCUGGAGAAAAGGCAGCUGAAACAAAAUCGAAGUGUGCCAUUGAAGUCGAAAUUGAGAUUUCUGAAACCGCAGCUCGUCGAAGGUCUUAUUCGAGUUGGUGGCCGGUUGCAUCACUGUACGCUUGCUGUCGACGAAAAGCAUCCUGUCGUGCUACCGGCUAAACAUCAUCUUGCAAUUUUAAUAGCACGACAUAUUCAUGAGGAAACAAUGCACGGUGGCCCAAAUUUGCUGCUAUCAACAAUUCGCCAACGGUUUUGGGCACUGAUGGGACGUGAUUUAGCUCGUUGCACUGUACAUCGCUGUGUCACAUGCGCUCGAGCUCGUCCACGGUCUCUAGAACAGCUGAUGGGUGAUCUACCACCGGUGCGAUUCACCAAGUCCUUCCCAUUCGAAAACGUCGGGGUAGAUUUCGCUGGGCCUGUAUAUUUGAAACCCGCCAGCAAAAAGGCCGCUCCCGUAAAGGCGUAUGUAGCAGUGUAUGUUUGCCUCGUUACAAAAGCGGUCCAUUUGGAUUUAAUCCCCGAUAUGACUACUGAUGGAUUCAUAGCCAGUUUGAGACGUUUUACUGGUAGACGGGGUAAGCCCAGUACGAUCUGUUGCAACAACGGUCGCAAUUUUGUUGGAGCCUGUCGUGAAUUGGAGGAACUGCGAACACUGUUCCAGACUCAACGCCACCAAAGUGCCGUGACUGAUGAAGGCAAUGUCAACGGCAUACAGUUUCGUUUCAUCGCUCCCCGCUCACCAUAUUUGGGCGGAAUUUGGGAAGCUGCCGUAAAAUCGAUGAAGCUACACCUACGCCGCACUCUCGGGAACGCAAUGCUCACCGAGACCGAAUUCGUAACUGCUCUUAUUCAAGUGGAAGCAACACUAAACUCUCGUCCCAUAACUCCAAUGUCGGAGGACCCACAGGGUCUGCCAACCAGGAAAUGCCCCGGGGUCUCCAACCAUCGACCCCGGGGCAUUUCCUGGUUGGCAGACCGCUGA